GCUCCAAAUCUCGCCCAAAUCUGCUAGAAUAUUCUUCUCCUGAGCUCCUAAUUCUGGACGACGAAAAUCAGAAAUCUCAUUUUCCAUCUUACUUGGUUCUUUGUACAGUUGUCUUGCUCUAUCAUGGAUUUUGAGUAUUACGCUGUGGAAAUUUCCUCCAAAGUCUGGGGGAUCUUCCUUCUAAUUCUAAGCUUGGAGUUCUCUGAACUUCAACCUCAGUGCAUGCGGCUCCAUCAAAACUUUUUACAGCUUUCUUGGAUUCCGAUUGUUUUUUUAGAACAAAAUUUUCAAUGGAGUAUUAGGUUUUGGAAAUUUUCCUCCAAAGUCGGGGCGUUCUUCUUUCUACGGCUUUCUUGGAUUCCGAUUGGUUUUUUAGAACAACUUGGGGUUCCCAGAGUUAGGAAGGUUGUAAUACCUGGAUUUGGAGAACAUUGUGGCUUCCUCUUUCUUCCUAUGACUGCAGAAGUUGUUAGUUUCUUCAUUCCGCUAGAAUUGUGUUUUGGGAAAAUAUGAGAGAGGCUUAUAAUAUGGUGUAAAUAUACAAAUGGUUUCUUUGACUAUUUAAUUUGGCAUUACAGUGGAA